AUGUCUGAUGACAAGCGACAGCUACUAAAGUCAACGGCAACACUUGGAAAGAAAGAGACAAACAAGCAGGCAAAGGAACGUGUGGAGAUUGAGGAGAAGCUCAAUGUAUCAAACUUGCCAGAGGAUAGGUUUCAUAGGAAGGUUAAGGAUGCCACUGUAGUAGCAGAGGAACACGAUAUGGAUGAACUUGAUGAGGAUGAUCAACAAGAGAUACAAAAAGCAAAGACUCCUGUGGCAAUGCCAUCAUUCUUUUCCACAAGGAAGCCACCUGCUGCUGUGGUCGAUACAAAGACAGAUGUGCCAGAGGAGGAUGACAGGAUUGUGAAGGACGAUCUACCAAAGAAGACAAAGAGUCUGAGGCCAAAGAAGCAGCCCGAACAAAAGAGAGAGGAGAAGUCGAAGAAGAAGUACUUCUUCUGGUCACAGGAGCAGAUUGACAAUGACUUUGAGGAGUACCAAGAUGAGAGUCUGGUGAGCAACAACCUCAAGUCAAAGAGAAUGCAUCGCGUCGAUGUCGACGAUGACCAAGAGAUGGAUGGCAGCGAAGACGAGACAACUGUCAAUCUGAAAGGCAAUAUUGGAAACAAUGACAGCAAGGGCGAAGAUGCGAAAGAGUCCGCGAACAAAGUGGAGGAGAAGGAGGACAAGGAGAAGGUCACCUCGCCAGCAGAGUUGGAGACUGAUAACAAGAAGCGAAAGGAUACAAGCAAUGAGGCAACAACAAAGACCAAUGUUAAGAGGACAAAGAAGGAGGUAUCUACUCCUCUUACAAAGGCAACAACAUCUUCACACAAUGUGGACCAAAUGGACACAACAUCGACUACAGCUAAGACUACGACUACGACGACAACUACUACGACAGCAAAGACAUCAGAUAAAGAGAUGGCGGAUACUCCAUCAACAACCAACAUGGAGGAGAAAGAUAGAUAUAACAUUACAAUCGAUGAGUUUGGCAAGCAAGAGGAGCAAGAGCGUGAGAUCAUAUACGCAGAUCCAACUGGAGCAGAGAUAUUGGAGGAGCAGCUAUUCAACAUUGACGAAGAUACUCAAGAGAAGAUCAAGUACAAUGUGUUCCAUGUUCCUGUUGAACGUCUGCCAGAGGUGGUAGAGUCGAGAGAACAAUUGCCAAUCAUGAUGGAGGAACAUAACAUUGUGGAGAAGAUCAAGGAGAAUGAUGUAGUGAUCAUUUGUGGUGAGACUGGAUCAGGAAAGACCACACAGGUACCUCAGUUCUUGUAUGAGACGGGAUUCGCACAUCCAGACAGCGACUUCCCCGGUCUCAUCGGUGUCACUCAGCCCAGAAGAGUGGCCGCCGUCAGCACAGCCAAGCGUGUGGCACACGAGCUCAACGUCGACUUUGGAAAGGAGGUCGGCUAUCAGAUCCGUUACGACAAGCAGUUGGACAUCAAGGUGAACAAGGUCAAGUUCAUGACAGAUGGUAUCCUGCUGCGUGAGGUCCAGACCGACUUCUUGCUGCUGCAGUACUCCUGCAUCAUCAUCGAUGAGGCGCACGAGCGCAAUCUCAACACAGACAUCUUGAUUGGCCUGCUAUCCAGGAUUGUGCCAAUGCGCAAGAAGAUGUGGCAGCGUUGGAACAAGAAGAAGGAGGGCGAGAAGAUCACGCCGCUCAAGUUGGUGAUCAUGAGUGCCACGCUGCGUGUCGAGGACUUUACAAACAACGCCAACCUGUUCAACAAGAUCCCGCCCGUCAUCAACAUCCCCACGCGUCAAUUCCCCGUCACCAUUCACUUCAACAAGAAGACAGUCCUGCAGAACUAUGUCGAUGAGGCCUACAAGAAGGUGCUCAAGAUUCACAGGAUAUUGCCAUCUGGUGGAGUUUUGGUGUUUGUCACUGGACGCCAAGAGGUCGAGCAUCUCUGCGCCAAGCUGAGGCGCGCACAUCCCAUGCACAGCGUGAACAAGAGUUUCCACGAUGCCAAAGAGAAGCUGGAGCAGGAGUUCAAGGACGAGGAGGGCACUGAGCAGCAACAGGAUACAAGCAGCGCAUUCCAUCUCUAUGGUGAUGCAGACUCGGCAGAGAAUCAGAUUGAUGACGAUCAGGAAUUUGAUGACGAAGAGGACGACGAGCCCGCCAACGAUGACGAGGAGCUCGAGGUUGUCAAUGAUUCAGACGUGGAGGUAGAGUCAGACAAUGAGGACAACGAGGCCAAGGCAGAGGAAGACGAGGCCGAUGAGACCGAAGAUGGAGAGAAGGAAGAGAAGAAGGUCAUUGGCCCAUUAUACGUCCUCCCUCUAUUCUCAAACUUACCAACGGCCAAACAGAUGAGAGUGUUCCAAACUCCACCAUUGGGCUCGCGUCUGGUGGUCGUGGCUACCAACCUGGCAGAGACUUCACUCACCAUUCCAAACAUCAAGUACGUCGUGGACACUGGUCGUGUGAAGGGCAGACACUACAACAAGGACAAUGGUAUCUCAAGCUUCGACGUCAACUGGACUUCAAAGGCCAGUGCCGACCAACGUGCUGGUCGUGCCGGUCGUACUGGACCAGGCCAUUGCUAUCGCAUCUACUCAUCAGCCGUCUACAACGAUCACUUUGAGCAGUUCUCCAAGCCUGAGAUCAUGAUGAUCCCUAUCGAGGGCAUGAUACUCCAGAUGAAGAGCAUGGGCAUUCACAACAUCCCCAAGUUCCCAUUCCCCACUCCACCCGAGGAGACAUCACUCAAGAAUGGACUGAGGAUGCUAUCAUACCUUGGCGCUUUGGAGAAGCCCAACUAUGCAGUCUCCGAGCUGGGCAAGCUCAUGUCAAUGUUCCCAGUCAGCCCAAGAUUCUCCAAGAUGUUGCUACUUGGUCGCCAGCAUGGAUGUCUGCCAUACAUCAUCGCCAUCGUCGGUAUCCUCACUGUGAAGAACCCAUUCGUCGUCGAGGGUGACCUCGAGGAUGAGGGUGAGGAUGGUCAGGGUCAGCCACCAUUGAUCGAGGGUGAUGUCAGUGCCAAGGAGCAGGAGGAGAAGGACAAGGAGGAGAGAAGGAAGAAGAAUCAGAGGAUAAUGAACAGUCAGCGAAAAUGGACAAACAAGGACAGCGAUAUCCUGACCAUACUCAAGGCGGUUGGUGCAUAUGACUUCCAGAUGAAGAAGAAUCCAAAGUCUGUAGACACGUUCUGCUCCAAUCAAUUCCUCAAUCCCAAGUCCAUGGGCGAGAUAUACAAGCUGCGUUGCCAGCUCACAGAGAUUGUCAAUGGAAUCUUUGAAGACGAGGCAUUCCAAACUGAUAACGCCACACAGCCAGCGUCGAUUGACAAGCCCAUGGCACCACCCAAUGCCACCCAGGAGCUGUACAUCAAGCAGGUAAUCACAGCAGGUCUAAUUGAUCAGGUGGCGAGGAUAUACGAGCAUGGCACAGCACACACCCAAGCAGAGUAUCAAGCAUGUACAAACAAUGUAUCAAUCUACAUUCAUCCCUCAUCCAAGCUGGGCAAGACCACUCCAGAGUUUGUUACAUUCUGUGACAUUAUCGAGACGUCCAAGCCAUACAUGAAGCUGCUGACCGAGGUCAACCCAGCAUGGUUGGCCGCACUUGGCAAGCCAUUGUGUGCCGAGUUCAAGCCUCUGGAGAUGCCAAUGCCCAAGUACUCCUCCAAGAAGGACAAGGUCAUCUGUUAUGUCAAGCCAUCAUUUGGUCCACAUUGUUGGGAGUUACCCAUGAUGUCAAUCGAUCAUCCAAGCUCCAAGGAGGCCUGUCGAUAUUUUGCCAAAGCCCUGUUAGACGGUGCAGUCUUCUCUCCAUUAUUGUACUUAGUUCCACUUCUCAACACGAGACCCAACAUGAUUGUAUUGCCUAACACUCAGAGCAAGGUACAUAACCUUGUUGACAAGCUAACAAACAAUGACAUCAACACCAAAGCCAAGCUGGUACAGAAGUGGUUCGACGAUCCUCAAUUCCUGCUCAAGGAGUACCUUGCAUGGCUGGAGCCAGCGGUCCACGAACUUGUCGAAACCAUGUGGCCACCAUUAGAGUCGGUAACAGUUCCAGAUGAGUUCAAGGUUGUCGAUCCAAUGCGACCAUCAGAGUAUGAUGAUGACGAAGUUGCAGCUGCAUCAAUAUAUUGA